CGAAAGAUUGAGCUAUGCUGUAAAAACCCAACUUUUCUAAAGACCGCAGAGAAAUUUUCCUAUAGAAACUGAGACAGGCGAUUUGUGAGUCAUGAGCGCUAGUUAUUUAACACCGGAGGUGACGACGGAGGACAGGAGCGGCCGAGAACGCCUGGGAUUGAGCUUCACCAUCGACUACCUCCUGUUCAAUAAAGGAGCCAAAGAUUCGUCAAGGGACUUCGAUUGUCGCAAACCCAAAGAGGUGGUCGCCGUACAGGAGAGGUCAGCAGAGACCGGAGAGAGGGACGUUAGAGGAGAGGAGGGGGAUGAAGAGCGACAAGAUGAGGGGGAGGAGGAGGUGACCAAUACCUGUGUCGCCACGUCCGACGAAAAACCCAACCAGUCGUACAUCGCGCUCAUCUCCAAGGCCAUUCUGGCGUCGGAGGAAAAGAAGUUGCUCCUGUGUGACAUCUACCAGUGGAUCAUGGACCACUACCCGUACUUCAAGAGCAAGGAUAAAAACUGGAGGAACAGCGUGCGCCACAACCUGUCGCUCAAUGAUUGCUUCGUCAAAGCCGGACGCAGCGAAAACGGCAAAGGCCACUUCUGGGCUGUCCACCCAUCAAACUACAAGGACUUUUCCAACGGGGACUACCACUGCCGAAGGACACGGCGAAGGGUUCGCAGGGUAGCCGGGCAGCUUCCGCUCUCACCUCUCGGAAUGCCCUUUCAUCUGGCACGCCACCAUCGGGCUACCUGUUGGUGCUGCCCUCAGGUCCACACACUCCCUUUACCCUGUUUCCCUCCCAGACUCUACUGGCCUUGGUCCAGUGUCCAAGUGUCAGGCCUGCAUGUCUCUGGACCCUAAGGCUGAACCACUAAGUCUUAGUGGGAUUGUGAGCAGUUUGGCAUUGAGUCACUGUCAUUUUAGUUUGUGAUCUAUGUCACUGUUGGACCCAACAGACCCGAGACUUGCAGAUACUGUAGAAAGUUAAUUUGUGAGAUUGUGAGAGAACAAGGAUGAAACCAAAGAUGCAACACAAUGGAUUCCCACAUAUUUAUGCUUUAGUAUUUGCAAAACAUUUUAGCCUUUCGUGAUUUUAUGGAAUGUUCUUAGAGUGUUUAAAUUGGUUAAAUUAUUUAUGUCAAUUGUAUGUGUUUGUUAUUCAUCCUCUUAAAACAUGGAUAGACAUUACAUUUUAAGUUAGAUAACUACAGUAAUUAAUUCUGCUUAUCUGGGAUCUUUUGGCUAUGUACGUCCAAAGGAUGCGCUCCAGAAAACAAAACAUUUCAGAUCUUUUUUUUAGGGCUGUCAAACGAUUACAAAUUUUUAAUUGAGUUAAUCACAGCUUAAAAAUUAAUUGUAAUUAAUCACAAUUAAAACCAUCUAUAAAAUAUGCCAUAUUUUUUGUUAAUUAUUGUUGGAAUGGAAAGAUAAGACAAAAGACGGAUAUAUACAUUCAACAUACUGUACAUAAGUACUGUAUUUGUUUAUUAUAACAAUAAAUCAAAAAGAUGGCAUUAACAUUAUCAACAUUCUGUUAAAGCGAUCCAUGGAUAGAAAGACUUGUUCUUAAAAGAUAAAUGUUAGUACAAGUUAUAGAAAUUUUAUAUUAAAACCCCUCUUAAUGUUUUCGUUUUAAUAAAGUUUGUAAAAUUUUCAAUCAAAAAAUAAACUAGGAGCUCGCCAUUGUUGAUGUCAAUAAUAAUUAUGGUUCUGAAACCCAUAAAAUCAGUCGCACCCAAGCGCCAGCAGAGGGCGGCAAAACACCAAAAAACACAAGUAACACGUGGAAAACACACUUUGCUGUCAUUUUAAUCUGUUUGAGCGGGGCAUGUGCGUGAAAUGCAUCAAAUAUUUUCAAGUGAUUAAUUAUAAAAAUUAAUUAACGCCCGUUAACGCGAUAAUUUUGACAGCCCUAAGUUUUUUUUUUUUUUAAAUUAAGAGAAUUUAAUUAUUGUGGUAUAGACAGAUUUAAUUCUUAGCAAUACCAUAAAUACAUAAUGAUACCUGGCCAGGUAGGUACUUGAAGGAUAUUUAACCCCUUCAGACACGCCUUUUUUUUGCUGGGCAAAAAAAAACCAAACAAAAAAAAAAAACCAACAUUUUCGCUGAUUUU